GGGGGGGCGUGGCCAGUCACUCUAAUGAUGGCGUCGUUCUGUCAACAUCGAUGGCCACGUCACUUCGUAUCAGUCAAUAACUUUCGAUAACUUUCCACACUGUGGCUUCGGUUAUUUUAAUAAUAAUAAUUGGAUCUUUCCUGCCAGUAUGAUGACACCAAACACCCCCUCGCGUUGUGUUGAGGAGCGCUGACGCUGCUUUGUCAACCAGCUAGCAUCAGCUGGUUGACGCUGCUAGCAUUCACGAGCUCGCUUUCAUUGUUAUUACACAACGAUCGAGGGUAAUUUAAUUCGUAUCCGGACUUCACGGACGUUGAUGAUGUGCUGCAAAUAGCCAGCGGCGCGCUCUAUACAAGUGAACAAAAGCUCUGCUUACCGACAUAGCAAAGGCUUGUUAGAACAUGGAUGCCCCCUGCAGUGCGUCUGCAGCUCCAGCUGGCUUGACUGUGCAGGUGUGCUUCCCCGGCGCCCGCGCUGCCGUCCUGGACAAUCUCAACCGCCAGCGGGAGGAAGGCCGGCUGUGUGACCUCUCCAUCCAGGUGCAGGGGCGAGUGUUUCGGGCCCACCGCUGUGUGCUCGCUGCGUCCUCGCCUUACUUCCACGACCAGGUGCUGCUGAAGAAUGUCACGACCGUUUCUCUACCUUCGGUCAUGGACCCGGUGGCCUUUGAGAGUGUCCUGAGCUCGGCCUACACUGGCCAGCUGAGCAUCGUGCAUGAGGACAUCGUGAAUUACGUCACCGUGGCCAGCUUCCUCCAGAUGUGGCACAUCGUGGACAAGUGCACGGAGAUCCUGAAGAGGCCUCGGCCCUCGGCGGACGUCGGCCCCGGGGAGGCCGCCGCCGCCCCGGCCCACCCCGGCACCGCGUCCCGCCAGCAGUCCCCGAGCAGCACCGACUGCUUGUACCUGGAACGGGAGGGAAGAAGGAAGGAGAGGAAGCCGGACGCCCUGCCCCCCUUAGCAACGUGGAGACGUCCGCAGCAGUUCCCCAGGUGGGGGCGGACGCGGUCCUCGUCGGCCCAACACUCAGCCGACUCCCAGCUGGACACGCUGGCCGGCUGCGCGGCGAGUGAUUACGGCAACUGCGAGGAGGCGUGGGCGCCCGGCCACACCAAAAGCAGCCACUUUGCUCACGACGGGCCGGGCAACAACGGCGGGAGCCGGUACCACGGGGGGCUCCCCGGUGGCGAGGCAUUCAAACAGAAGGUCCGGUUUCAACAGCGGGGCGUGGCGCCCGGCAGCGGCAGACUGCUCGAUAAGAAUCGAGAGGGCGGAGACAGUGAUGAGACGCAAGAGAAGAGGAGGAGGGAGAAAAGAGAAAUCGAAGCCGACGAAGGAGUUGGAGAAGCAGCCGCGGAGAAGAAGGCGGGCUUUGUGCAAAUGGGGCACUGCGACUUCCGCCCAUUUUCAGAUGAGAGUGUAGGCCAAGCCGCGGGGAAGGCCAGGGUGGAGGAGAUGAAGGAUAAGGUGCACAGAGGUUUGGCAGGAAGAGACCUCCCCUCUGACCCGCCCGGCGCUCACGCUUACCAAUCCGCUGAAGGAGUUCCGGGCUCCGCCUGUCCGGUGUCGGCCCGGCUGCAGUGGCAGACGGGCCCCUGGUCCCAACAAGAGCAGAGGCCGCAGGACGGAGAGGGUGGCAGCUGCAGUAAAGACGAGGACGAAGACGAGGAGGAGGAGGAGGAGGGGGAGGAGGGGGACGCGGACUUUGAGUGCUUCACAGAAGGGGCGGUUGGCCGAGGCACAUACAGCGAGAUCGAAGAUGGCACGGGGCAGGUCUCCCAGAGGCCUUUAGUGCCUGCGUCCCCCGACUUCACCACGGGAGGGUCAGAGGUCAACUGGCCCUCCACCAGCGCGGUACAGGGUGGCACGGCAACCCCCGCCUCACGCCGCCACUCGUCUCCACCGUCUGCGUUUCCACCGCCCUCCUCGCCGCCGACUCCGUCCUCGUCCUCCUCGGUGUCCCUCGCCGGCGCCCCCUACACGGGCAAAGUCCACUUCUGCCACUGCGGCAAGGCCUACACCCUGAAGAGCAUGCGCGACCGCCACGUGAAGAUGCAGCACCUCAACCUACGGCCCUUCGGCUGCCCCGUUUGCACAAAGUCCUUCAAGAUGAAGCACCAUCUGACCAAGCACCUCAAGACUCACGGAGGGCUGCGGCCCUACGAGUGCGGCCUCUGCGGGAAGAAGGUCAUUUGGAGGGACAGCUUCCUCAGGCACCAGGCCCGAUGCGAGCAACUGGCCUCCAGCUCCUCGGCCAACGGCGAGGACGCGAGCGCACCCGCGGCGGGCAUCGACGGCGGCUUCGCUUACGAAUUCGAAGAGGGCGAGGCUUUUCUGGCGCCGGGAGGACAGGUGAAGGUGGAGGAGGCGGAUUUUCACGGGGAGAUGGAGGAGGGGAUGCGCGGCCUCCUGGGCAGCGUGUCUGGGAUGGUGGACGAGCUGAGAACUCAGUCCCCAAACCCGGACGGCGGUAGUCAUGUUUUUAAAGAGGAGAGCUUCGGCGGUAAUUAACACAAAUACACGCUGACGUGGCGACUUCAUCCGACACAAAGUCAUUGGCGGCUCGAUGGGCGGCGGCUUUUGUUCCAUACUUUUUUUUUUUUGUCUGCACUUUUCAUGCCGCGAAUUAUAUAAUAAUGUGUUUAGCAAUUCUGUGCUUUCAUCAAGUGGUCCCAUUUCAAUUGUUCAGUGCCACAUUCUUGUUAAGUGAUGCUGUCAGCUGUACAUCUGUGUUGUGAAUAUACUUUUUUACUAAUACAUUAGGAUAAUAAAUGUGUUGUGCGACACAUUUGUGUCUCUUUACACAAAGUCUUGACUCAGAAAA